GGGUGUGGGCCAAGUGUGGGAAGUAACAUACAGGACUGUACAGGAUACGGCUUACAUUUGUAUACUCUUAUGUCAGUUUGAUCCGUGUUGACUGACCAGAGUCCGCGGAUAAUUAAAAUGCCCGAAUCGCUAAGUUUCGGAAUUGAACCCAUAACUGCUCAUGCUUGGAAUAAGGACCGUACAAAAUUGGCCAUAUCUCCCAACAGCCCUGAAGUUCAUAUCUAUCAUUUCCAAAGAGGAGAGUGGAAACUUGAAGAAAUUUUGAAAGAGCAUGAUUUAAAAGUUACUGGUAUAGAUUGGGCACCAAACACCAACCGCAUUGUAACAUGCUCUGCUGAUCGCAAUGCAUAUGUUUGGACUCAAUCUGAAGAGAAAAAAUGGAGGCCUACUCUGGUUUUACUUAGGAUCAACCGUGCUGCAACAUGUGUCCGUUGGUCACCUCUUGAAAACAAGUUUGCUGUGGGAUCUGGUGCUAGGUUGAUCUCAGUUUGUUAUUUUGAGAAAGAAAAUGAUUGGUGGGUUUCAAAACAUAUUAAAAAACCAAUCAGAUCUACUGUGACUUGUCUUGAUUGGCAUCCUAAUGAUGUUCUUCUAGCUGCUGGAUCUACAGAUUUUAAAGUUAGGGUUUUCUCUGCUUACAUUAAAGAGAUUGAAGAAAGACCAUCAUCAACAUCUUGGGGCUCUAAAAUGCCACUGGGACUGAUGAUGGCAGAAUUUUCCAAUUCAACUAAUGGGGCUGGGGGCUGGGUACACAGUGUAAAUUUCAGCUCUACCGGUGAUCGGGUCGCAUGGGUUGGUCAUGAUUCCUCCAUUUCUGUAGCUGACGCAUCAAAGGGAAUGGCUGUUUCUAUGAUUCGAACAGAUUUCUUACCAUUUUUAUCGUGUCUGUGGGUGUCGGAAAAUCGUCUAAUAGCUGCGGGACAUGGUUGCUGUCCUAUGCUUUUUGAGGUUGAAGAAACGGGACAGGUACAAUUUGCUGGAAAAUUAGAUGCUUCUCUGAAAAAAGAAACUUCUGGUGUGAGUGCGAUGAAAAAAUUUCAAAGCUUGGAUCGCCAAGCUCGCACAGAGACCAACGAUACAUCGUUGGGCACACUCCAUCAGAACGCCAUAACAAGUGUAUGUCUUCAUACCGGAAACAAGGCUGGUGCCACCAAGUUUUCUACUGCAGGUGUAGAUGGACUGCUGGCCAUCUGGGAUUUUAAUAAUUUAGAAUCGGCGAUGGGAGGAUUGAAAUUCAACUAAGGGCGCAAUAUUAUUCCCUCGCAUUCUUUGAAUGAUAUGUUAAUUGCAGUUCUUAUUGUAGUUGUCAAUCAAUCAAUUUACCGAAGGCUUGCAUAAGCGAAUUCUUUUCAUGAUUCCUUCAUUAUAAUUAUAAUUUUUUCUUUUAAUAAACUGAAGAAAUGAUUAAAUAA